AUGAAGCGGAGGGGUGGUGAAGAUCUACGAAUGAAGUAUUUAGAAGCAUCUCCACGUGAUUAUUGGGGUGCCAAGGACGAAAAGAGCUACCCUCUUCUCAAAAAGGUAGCUCAAAUGGUAUUUGCGGUUCCUACGUCGUCAGCAGCCAGUGAGAGGGCCUGGAGUAUAUUCGACCACAUUCACUCCAAGCGAAGGAACAGGCUAUCAGUUGAAAAAGUUGAAAGGCUUGCCUAUAUCUACAUCAACUAUGGCACAAUUCAAAGUGAUGACAUCAACCUUGCAAGGCAUCAAUCGUGUCCUGAAAGUGUAGAUAUCCUCAAUUAA